AAACGAAAACCCCACCAAAAUCCCACCUCUCUCUCUCUCUCUCUCUCUCUCUCUACAGUUCUUCCUGUCGCCCUCAAUCGCGACUUUUCCAUCUCUCUCUCUCUCUCUCAUAAAUACCCCUUUUUUCCUCCAAAUGAAUAAUCCUCCAAUCAUUGUCCAAGACACCGAAGGCGAUUCGGCAGAUGCUCCCGCCCGACCCACUGAUACUAGGGUUUCCGAAAAACCGCCACCUCCUCACGAAUCGCAAGACGAUUCACCGAUGGCCGAUCGAAAGGACGACCACCACCCGACUACCGCGAUCGACGACGAUCCUCCGUCACCCGCCACCGUCUUCCGCAUCCGCCUCAAGCAGCCUCGCUCCAAUCUCCGCCACAAGAUGAGCGUCCCUGAGCUCUGCCGCAAUUUCAGUGCUGUCGGUUGGUGUGGAAGAUUGAAUGCUAUAGCAUGCGCGUCUGAGACAUGUGCCAGGAUACCCAGUUCUACCACAAAUCCACCAUUUUGGAUACCCAUACAUAUUGUAAAUCCAGAGCGACCGACUGAAUGUGCUGUGUUCAAUGUCACAGCAGAUUCUCCACGUGAUUCAGUUCAGUUUAUUGAAUGGUCUCCUACAUCUUGUCCUCGUGCUUUACUAAUUGCUAAUUUUCAUGGAAGGACAACUAUCUGGACUCAGCCUUCUCAAGGUUCUGUAAAUCUUGUACGGGAUGCCACCUGCUGGCGGUGUGAACAUGAGUGGCGGCAGGAUAUUGCUGUUGCUACAAAGUGGUUGUCAGGGAUGUCUCCGUAUCGGUGGCUUUCUUCAAGUACUAGUAGUGCUGCCAACUCAAAGUUGACCUUUGAGGACAAAUUUCUUUCGCAGCAGCCUAAAACUUGUGCAGGGUGGCCAAAUUUCCUUUGUGUUUGCUCAGUUUUUUCUUCAGGCUCUGUCCAACUUCACUGGUCUCAAUGGCCUCCUACCCAGAACGAUGCUACCUCAAAAUGGUUUUCUACAAGCAAGGGACUGCUAGGAGCUGGUCCUAGUGGUAUCAUGGUAGCUGAUGCCAUCAUAACUGAAGCAGGAACCCUGCAUGUUGCUGGGGUUCCAAUCGUGAAUCCAUCUACAGUUGUUGUUUGGGAGGUUACCCCUGGCCCUGGCAAUGGUUUUCAGACGACUCCCAAGACAAACACAAGCAAUGGGGUUCCGCCUUCAUUGAAUCCUCCUUCCUGGACAGGUUUCGCUCCUUUGGCUGCAUAUUUACUCAGUUGGCAGGAGUACUUAGGAUCUGGGGGAAAGCAAGGGUUGAAGCCGGCAGAUCAAGAGUUAAAUGAAACAGUAUCACUUCAUUGUUCACCAGUUUCAAAUUUUUCUGCUUAUGUGAGUCCAGAGGCUGCAGCCCAAUCAGCAGCAACUACGACGUGGGGUUCUGGUGUUACAGCAGUUACUUUUGAUCCAACUCGAGGCGGAUCUGUUAUCGCUGUUGUGAUACUUGAAGGGCAAUAUAUGUCUCCUUACGAUCCUGACGAGGGGCCAUCAAUCACGGGAUGGCGAGUGCAAUGUUGGGAGUCUUCUCUUCAACCUGUUGUCCUCCAUCCAAUUUUUGGAAACCCAGCUUCCAAUUUUGGAGGCCAGCCACCCAUGCAAACUGUUUGGUUGAGCAGAGUAAAUAAAAGUAUUCCUCUUAUUGUUGAUGGUAAAUGUCCCCAAGUAGCUGCAGGUGUACCAACUUUAUCAGAUGAGCGAAAUUUAUCUGAAUUGAGUGUUGAGAAGGCAAACCGGCUGAGUUUUGAUCCCUAUGAUGUUCCAAGUGAUGCCCGUAUGUUAGCUCAAAUUGUGUACUCUCCACAUGGCGGUGAGGUUGCUGUCGCUUUUAUUCGGGGUGGAGUCCACAUUUUUUCUGGUGCAAGCUUUGCUCCAGUUGACAGCUACCGUGUUAAUGUUGGUUCUACAAUUUCUGCACCCGCCUUCUCUUCUACUGGUUGUUGCCUGGCUUCUGUGUGGCAUGAUACUAGCAAAGACCGCACUAUACUAAAGAUAAUGCGUGUUCUUCCUCCUGCUGUUCCUGGCACCCAAACGAAAGUCAAUUCUGCUACAUGGGAACGUGCUAUUGCUGAUAGGUUUUGGUGGAGUCUUUUGGUUGGAGUUGAUUGGUGGGAUGCUGUCGGCUGCACACAGAGUGCUGCAGAGGAUGGAAUUGUGUCACUGAACAGUGUGAUUGCGGUAUUGGAUGCGGAUUUCCAUUCUUUGCCAUCUACUCAGCAUCGGCAACAACAUGGCCCUAGUUUGGAUAGGAUAAAGUGCAGGCUGCUGGAAGGUACAAAUGCUCAAGAUGUUAGGGCACUUGUUCUGGACAUGCAAGCAAGGUUGUUGCUGGAUAUGUUAGGGAAAGGAAUUGAAUCGGCCCUUCUAAAUCCAGCAACUCUAAUACCUGAGCCCUGGCAGGCCUCUAGCGAGACUCUAUCUGGCCUCGAUGCCGAAUCAAUGACUGUUGAACCAGCACUGGUUUCAAGCAUCCAGGCAUAUGUUGAUGCUGUUCUUGAUCUAGCUUCACACUUCAUUACCCGCUUGCGGCGUUAUGCAAGCUUUUGUCGUACUUUGGCGAGUCAUGCUGUUGGACCAUCUGCUGGCACAGGCAACGCCCGUAAUAUGGUGGCAAGUCCAACCCAUAGUUCUGCAUCUCCGUCGGCAAGUCAGGGUGGUCAGAGUGGAACUACGAGUUCCACUGGAAGCUCACAGAUGCAGGCAUGGGUUCAAGGUGCUAUUGCUAAGAUUAGUAGCAGUAACACAGAUGGAGUUGCCCCUUCAACACCAAACCCCAUAAGUGGACCAUCUCCUUUUAUGCCGAUCAGUAUCAAUACGGGAACUUUUCCAGGAACCCCUGCCGUCAGGCUUAUUGGAGAUUGCCAUUUCCUUCAUAGAUUGUGCCAGCUGUUGCUUUUCUGUUAUUUCUUUAGAAAAAAGCAAAUACCUAGGCAUUUUGCGGGUGCACAGAGAAACAUGGAUCCAAAUAUGCAGAAACCGCAGCCUAUUACUGGUGCCAAGGUGGAGGAGAUGAACUCUGUGACAACGAGACCUGCUGCAGGAAUGGUCAGAUCAGAAGAAGCCCAGGGACGGGCAGGACAGCUUAUUCCUGGAGCGAAAGGACUUGAAGAAGGUACUACGGGUCGGUCGGCAAGACAUGGUCUUGGUAAUGCUGGUCAAGGGUACACAUCAGAAGAGGUGAGGGUUCUUUUCCUCAUUCUGGUGGAACUCUGUAGGCGAACGUCAUCUCUACCACACCCCUUGCCCAUUUCUCAGGUGGGCGCCAACAACAUUAUCAUCCGUCUUCAUUAUAUUGAUGGGAACUAUACAGUCUUACCAGAGGUGGUAGAAGCAGCCCUGGGUCCACACAUGCAGUAUAUGCCCCGACCCAGAGGCGCAGAUGCUGCUGGUUUGUUGCUCCGCGAGUUAGAACUCCACCCUCCUGCUGAAGAAUGGCAUAGACGUAACAUGUUUGGCGGGCCGUGGUCCGAUCCAGAGGAUCUAGGUCUCAUGGAUGAAACCCUGAACUCGAAGAUGAGUGGGUCUUCCGAUCCAUUCGAAUUCAAUUCGUCUGAGGAUUAUGAUAGCUAUUACGGAGCACAAGGCCUAUGGCCCAGAAAACGUAGGUUGUCCGAGAGAGAUGCUGCAUUUGGCUGGAAAACUUCAGUGGGCCUGGGUGCAUAUAUGGGUAUUAUGGGAUCUCGACGGGAUGUUGUCACGGCUGUGUGGAAAACUGGGCUAGACGGGAUUUGGUACAAGUGCAUAAGAUGCUUGCGUCAGACAUCAGCCUUUGCAUCUGCCGGUGCCCCAAGUUCUGCUGCUCAGAAUGACCGAGAGGCAUGGUGGAUCAGCCGGUGGGCUUAUGGUUGCCCGAUGUGUGGUGGAACCUGGGUGCGGGUUGUUUGAAUCUCUAUUUCCCUGCUUCAGCCAGUGUGGGUUACUGUACAUAGUUUGUUCAUCUCAUUUCAGUGUAUAACAGAAAAGGAGUGUAGAAAAGAAUGGAGAGAUGGCACCGCGUUAGGCACCAGACGGAAAGGGCAAUAGGUUAGUGAAAAAGCAAAUGUAAUCACCUUCACACCAGUAAAACCAAAUCAUCAGAAUGUGGGAGUUUCUGUUAGUUGCAAUGUGAGAGCAGGUGUUUUAUCAAGGUUUUAAAUCAAUGUAUCAGUUAUCAUGUACUGUUCACCACUGAUAUGGCCCCAUAUCACUCCAUAUUGCCCCCAUAUCAGACUGUUUCAGGCCGAUACAGCCGGAUACAUAUCAGACGAUACACAGGUUUCAGGCGAUACUUUAAACAUUGAUGAUUAUUAUUGAUUCAUCUCUGCAUGUCUUAUUGAUGAUUUGGGCACACUUGGACAAGUGUAGUAUUGCAAUAUUUUCCAUGUUUCAA